GGGCCGCGGGUCGGGCGCUGGACCGCCGUGGCCUUGGCGGUGCCGGCCGCGGCCGGGCGGCGGGAGGGGCCGGAGCGGCGGCGGGCGGCCGUGCGGCCGGUGUGGGCUGGGGAGCGCGGCCCGGAGCCGCCGGCCCGGGGGCUGCUGAGGCGGUCGAGCCUGGUGCUACGGCUGGGCUUGCGGGCCUGCGUGCUGCUACUGCGCUUCGGGCCCCUGUUGCUGCUGUACCCGCUGAGCCGCCUGCGGCCCGGCCUGGCCGCCCUGUGGCUGCGGCUGCUGCGGAGGGCGGCCGAGGCCGCGGGGCCCACCUGCAUCAAGCUGGGCCAGUGGGCCAGCACCCGCAGGGACCUCUUCUCCGAGGCUUUCUGCGAUGAGUUCUCCAAGCUGCACGUCGAGGUGAGCCCGCACCCCUGGGGUCACACCGACGAGCUCUUGAGGAAGGCCUUCGGCGAGGACUGGAGGAGCAUCCUUACGUUUCCCAGCCAGGAGCCGGUCGGCUCAGGCUGCGUGGCACAGGUGUAUAAAGCCUAUGCCGAUCUCACGGCUGUCGCUGCACCCCCGGCCGAGGGGCUGGCACGGAGCUCCGAGUUACAGACUGCCUUUGAGGCGUGGGAGGUGUCAGGCCUCAGGGGCCUCUUCAGGUGGCUGAGAAGGAGGAAGAGCGAGGGGAUGGGGGAAGAGAGGAGCGGGGCAGAGCUGAGCCCGGUCAGCUGCUCCCUGAGAGGUCCUGUGAGUGGAACAUCCCACGGGGAGCAGAUGGCCGCAAACCCGUCAUCAGCCAGAUACCUCACACCUGUAGCUGUUAAAGUCCUGCACCCAGGGCUAGUCCACCAAGUCCAGAUGGAUCUGUUUCUCAUGAAGUUGGGUAGCCACAUCAUUGGACUUCUCCCUGGAUUCAAGUGGCUCAGUUUGACAGAGAUUGUAGAAGAAUUUGAGAAACUUAUGCUUCAGCAGAUCGACUUGCACUACGAAGCCAGAAAUCUGGAGCGCUUCUGUCAAAAUUUCCUAGAUGUUGAUUUUGUGAAGUUCCCAACUCCUGUUCGCCCUUUGGUGACAACAGAUGUUCUUGUGGAAACAUUUGAGGAGAGUGAGCCUAUUUCACACUACCUACACACAGAGGUUGCCACAGAACUGAGGCAGAGACUCGCAAAGAUGGGCAUGGACAUGCUCCUAAAGAUGGUCUUUGUUGACAACUUUGUCCAUGCUGACCUGCACCCUGGGAACAUCCUGGUGCAAGGCACAGCCUGCGUCAGCAGCAGCUGCAAAGAGCAGACGGCCAUCGUGGAUGUGUGUGACACCCUCGUCCUGGAAGUGCAGCCGCCCUUCAGACGGCUCUGCCUGGUGCUGCUGGAUGCAGGGAUUGUGGCAGAGCUGCAGAGUGCUGACAUGCAGAACUUCAGAGCAGUUUUCACAGCUGUGGUGCAGGGCCAGGGGGAGAAAGUGGCAGAAUUGAUUCUUCAUCAUGCUCGGGCCAACCAAUGCCAGGAUAUUGAGCGAUUCAAAGCUGAAAUGGCAGAACUAGUGACCAAAGUUCGAAGGAACACCAUUGCCCUAGGAAAGCUUCAGGUGGCAAAUCUCCUCUCCAGUGUCUUUAAAUUACUGAUGACGCAUAAGGUGAAACUUGAGAGCAAUUUUGCUUCCAUUAUCUUUGCCAUCAUGGUUCUGGAAGGUCUUGGUCGUUCACUGGACCCUGAACUGGACAUUCUAGAGGCAGCUAAACCACUGCUUAUCAGAACUGCAGCUUCUGUCCUGGAGUAGACACUCGUGGCUGCUGCCCUCUCAUGGUGCAGGGUUACCUCUGGUGCCUGUGAGCUGACAGGAGGAAGCUGAAGGUGAGAACAGUUCCAAAUGUCGUGGGGAAGUGCCACGUCAUGGUAACCCUCCAUACCCUGCCUUGAAUCCUAUCAGCCAAACAUCAGGCAUGGGAUCUUCAUGAGGUCUGUUUCAGAAGCCUUUCUUUUCCAGGAAGAUUUUGCACAGAUGGAGAGUUCUGAUUCUUACAAUUGUGUGGUUCUAUGAGCUAAUAUGCUCUGGUAGUUUUUAACUGACAUAUCAUGUGGCCUGUGUGUAAAAGAUCACUGCGGGCUGAUGAGGAAACCAGUCUUAAUUGUCUAAAAGUCUUUAAUAAGAUGUUCAGUGAUCAAAUUUGUUUUGAAAUAAAUUGGGUUAAAUAUUAAUUUGCUGGCUGAUCUGUCAACAUGGUAUAAAAAAAUGAUGUUCUGAUGCCAACUAAGCAAGUACUUCAGGCUGAAAAAAGCCAGUAAGCCUUUUUGUCUUUUGUACUUCUACUUUUAUUGUCUUGGUCUUUUUUGAUGAUAAAAACAGACCAGGGUAUUGAUUUUUUUUUUUUUAAACUAUACUGUACAAUAAUGUAUGUAUGGCAGAAAAACUAAUUCCAUAAUAAAAACAACUUUUGGGAAUACUUGUACUGGUUUCAGUUUUUGUUGAAGCUUUAAAAAAGGCUUAAGAAGGCUUUCUCCUUGCUGUGCUGUCCUCCCAGCCCUCACCCUAUGCAACUCACAGCCUUAACUCAUACAUAGAGGUGUGGUUUUUCUCCUUGAGCAGUUUGCAAAACAAGGAGUCCAAACAUUUUCCUAAAGAAUGGAAAACACUGAAUGUUUGAAUCAAAUUAAAGCCAACAAAUGAGAUACAUCAUAGAGCUUUUAUAGUCAGUUAUUUUAAUAAAACUCUUAAUGUUGUUUUAUGGCCUUAUUUUUAUGGUAAGAUACAUAGCCUAUGAAUGAUUGGAAAUAUUGUCAUGCUAAAUGUAUUUCCAGAUACGCUCCAUGUGAAAGUGCAGCCACACACAGCUCUGUGCAGUUGCCUGUUCUCAGCUGGUUAAGCAAUGAAGAGAAAGCACAUAUGCAGAUGAUCUGUUUAAUGGUGAUUAUAAAACGAUGAUUAAUGAUACAUAAAUGAAGUCUGAAAAAUUAA